AUUGUGUGCACCGUUAUGGUGUCUUGGACUCUGCACAGAGAUCUCAGUGACUCUGCAAAGGUCAACAACAAGAUGAAAGUUAUGCUGAUCUUUGUCAUGAACUUGGUUUUGUUUGCCAUGUUCUUACCUGUGCCUAUAGGUAUGGCUACACAUGCCAAAGAAAUCAUGCCGCUGGUAUGUCUUACUGUUUCUAACUGCUGUCUGGAUCCUCUGUUGUAUUACUUUUCUUUUGACUCCUUUUGGAAGAAAAAGGAAGAUGCAACGAACGGAGGAGAAAUGUAGAUGCUAGACAUGAUAUUUUUGGUAUGAUAUUUUCUUUUUGACAUGCAUUCUUUUCUUUUUUUGGUGAACUAACUUGUUAUUGCCCCAAAUGCUCAUUUAGUUCAAGCAUAUUUUCCCAAUUCCUAAAUUCUGAAACUGAGCUUAUUGUACUAUUGUGUGUCUUUUGACUUGCUUCUCUCUGCUUUCUUGUCUUUCCACUCACCCCCGAUUAUUUGUGGCAGCUGGUGCCCCUCCCUGACCCUGGGUUUGUAGGAAGUUUCUUCCUGUUAGAAUGGAACUUUUUUUCUACCCACUGUUACCACAGGUUUGUUCAGAGGGGGUUCAGUCAUGGAAUUUUGGGGGUUUCAUUCUAAUAUUGUGGGUUCCUUAUUUUAUAAUAUAAAGCACCUUUGGGUGACUGUUGUUGUGAAUUGGUGCUAUAUAAAUAAAAUCGAAUGAAAUUUUCACCAGUAACUCAACAAUAAUUGUCAGUUAAAUGUACUUGUGAAGAUUAGGCAGUGGGAGAGAUAGAGAAAAGACUUGUUAGCUUCACAGUUUUAUAAAACUAUUCUUCAAAUUUAAAGCUUCAGGACUGUAGCUGAUUUAUUGUACAUUUUGUACACUUGAAGACUGAGGAAACAACCUGUCUUUAUCUGCUGGAGAGUUUAAAAAAGACCUCCGGAAGUCCAUACCACAGAACAAUAUACUGUCAAGCACGUAAAACAAACCACAUUUUAACAGAAACCUUUUAACUCUUCACACACUGUUCAUCACACUGCUCUUUAACAACGAGAUCCUCUCCGGUGACAACUUCAUCCCUGUCAUCAGCUUGGAACAUCUGUUGGCUGUGGUUUUUCCUUGACGCCAUGCCAUCUUAGACCCUUGUCCUGUGCCUGAAAAGGAUCUGCGCUCGUCUGGCUCAUUUUGCUGGUGGAGAAACUACAGACAAUAUAAUCAUCAGAGAGUGGAAGGUUUGCUGCUCAGCUGCAAUUCAGUUCAUAAAGGAGGCAGAAACUUCAUCAUGAAUGCAUCAAAUGUCACGACAGAGGACCGGGUUUAUGCUGGGGUCUUUGGCUGCAUUAUGGUGAUAGGUCUGCCUCUCAACGGAGCAUCACUGUGGAUUCUUAUUCGCCGCCACAGCCUCAAAUCACCCAACGCAGUCUUCAUGGUCAAUCUAGCAUUCUCAGACCUGCUACUCAUCAUCUCGUUGCCCAUGAGGAUCUACUUUCAUGCCACUGGCACCUGGCCUCUGAGCAAUAUGGCGUGCCUCAUCAUUACAAUGCUCUUUCGCGACAACAUCCGUUCCAGGGCUAUGUUUAUCACCUUCACCAGUGUGGACAGAUUGCUGGCUGUGGUUUAUCCUCUGAGGUCACGCCAUUUAAGAACCUCAUCCAAUGCCUGGAAAGGAGCUGCAUUCGUCUGGAGUUUUUUGCUGGUGGUGAAUAUCCCAGAGAGUUUGGACUUUCUAGAACAUUUGCAGAACCACUCUCAACGUACCUGUUUUAAAUCUUAUGACUCUUAUGAGCCUUUAUUGAGUAAAACUCGAUUAGCAGUUAUUUACCUUCAGAUUGUGUUACUGGUCACAAUGCUAACAGUUAACAUUGUGUGCACCGUUAUGGUGUCUUGGACUCUGCACAGACAUCUCAGUGACUCUGCAAAGGUCAACAACAAGAUGAAAGUUAUGCUGAUCUUUGUCAUGAACUUGGUUUUGUUUGCCAUGUUCUUACCUGUGCCUAUAGGAAUGGCUGCACAUGCCAAAGAAAUCAUGCCGCUGGUAUGUCUUACUGUUUCUAACUGCUGUCUGGAUCCUCUGUUGUAUUACUUUUCUUUUGACUCCUUUUGGAAGAAAAAGGAAGAUGCAACGAACGGAGGAGAAAUGUAGAUGCUAGACAUGAUAUUUUUGGUAUGAUAUUUUCUUUUUGACAUGCAUUCUUUUCUUUUUUUGGUGAACUAAUUUGUUAUUGCCCAAAAUGCUCAUUUAGUUCAAGCAUAUUUUCCCAAUUCCUAAAUUCUGAAACUGAGCUUAUUGUACUAUUGUGUGUCUUUUGACUCACCUCUCUCUGCUUUCUUGUCUUUCCACUCACCCCCGAUUAUUUGUGGCAGCUGGUGCCCCUCCCUGACCCUGGGUUUGUAGGAAGUUUCUUCCUGUUAGAAUGGAACUUUUUUUCUACCCACUGUUACCACAGGUUUGUUCAGAGGGGGUUCAGUCAUGGAAUUUUGGGGGUUUCAUUCUAAUAUUGUGGGUUCCUUAUUUUAUAAUAUAAAGCACCUUUGGGUGACUGUUGUUGUGAAUUGGUGCUAUAUAAAUAAAAUCGAAUGAAAUUUUCACCAGUAACUCAACAAUAAUUGUCAGUUAAAUGUACUUGUGAAGCUCAGGCAGUGGGAGAGAUAGAGAAAAGACUUGUUAGCUUCAGUUUUAUAAAACUAUUCUUCAAAUUUAAAGCUUCAGGACUGUAGCUGAUUUAUUGUACAUUUUGUACACUUGACGACUGAGGAAACAACCUGUCUUUAUCUGCUGGAGAGUUUAAAAAGACCUCCGGAAGUCCAUACCACAGAACAAGAUACUGUCAAGCACGUAAAACAAACCACAUUUUAACAGAAACCUUUUAACUCUUCACACACUGUUCAUCACACUGCUCUUUAACAACAACAUACUCUCCAGCGCCAACUUCAUUCCUGUCAUCAGCUUGGAACAUCUGAUGGCUGUGGUUUUUCCUUGACGCCAUGCCAUCUUAGACCCUCGUCCUGUGCCUGAAAAGGAUCUGCGCUCGUCUGGCUCAUUUUGCUGGUGGAGAAAUUAUAGAUGAUGUGAGGUUUUGAAAGCGUUUGAACAAUCUUGAAUUUCUCAGGGCUCUAAGAGUCAUAAAAAGGUUAAUCUGCAUCAUCAAAGGUUCAAAUAGCAAAAGAAUCUAGGCUGUUUUAUGAGAAUUCAUUCAUUUUUUGCUAAUUAUUUGUAACAUUUUAUGAAAUAA